AUGGCGCUUAGAAUAUGUGAGGUUCUUCUACUACUUUUGCUUUUAAAUAUAAUAAGUGCCGACUCAGCGACCGUGAUAGAUGAAGCUGACUUUGAACUUAUAUCUAAAGAAAAAAUACAAGCUGGGAAGUCGAAAUUGGAAGAGUUCACGGCAAACGCUAAGAGCAGUGAUUGUUGGAAGAAAGCUGUUGCAGGGAUUGGGAAACGAUGCAAGACCCUUGGAGACGUGGAACAGAGCUAUCUGGCGAUCGAUUUUACGAACUGCCACUUGUCUAAAUCAAGAAGAAAAAUUUAUUCUUGUUCUAGGGAGACGCAAUCGAUUGAGGAAUGUACGGGAUCAAUGGACGACACGACAUAUUUAACGUAUACGACAUUUUUUGCUCAUACGACCAACAUCUGUUUCUACGUGAAAAGCGAGUUGUGGCAAGCAAGAACAGAAGACACUAUCUCUGAAUUAUCAAGAACUUCCCAACAGGUUGCUGAUCAGCUGGAGGAGUCUGCCCAGAGACAAAUCCUAGUGCUACAAAAACAGAAUAUUUCACUUGCAAACCAGAAGGAAAUCAUUUCAAAUGAAAUCCAGUUAUCUGCGACCCUGAAGAAUUCUACGGUAACUGCAAAAAAAGCCUUCGAGGAAAUGAAACAAAAUGCUUUCGAGCAAAAAGCUUUAUUCACUGAAACAUUUGAUAGUGUCUUCAAAGCUGUUGAAAAAGUCCAAAAACUGCAAUCAUUGAUUCUUGGAGAGUUUAUAAGUUUACAAUCGGUGUCUUUCUACAUUGCUGCUGUAUGUACGUGUUAUUUCCUCACAAGCACUCCACGCACAGCAGCUGGCAGACUUCCGCUUUUCAUUGGAUUGUUUAUUCUCAUAUUCAUUGAGCGGCUGGUGACAUCUUGGGGAGUGACAGAGACUCAGUCAACCAACACAGAAGUGAUACACUCAAGACUUUGGUUUUUUAGAAAGCUAUACCUCAUUAUUGCAACUGUUGUUAUAAUGGUUGUUGGAUACCAAUAUCAAGAUUACAACAAAAUCAACUUUGAUAUGCUUCGCGAGAUGCAGCUUCAGAUUCAAGAAAUGAAGGGAUGGCAGGAGAAGAUCAAAAGUCUGAAGGCACUAACAAAUGGAGAGUCUUCACCACAGCCAUCACAGAACAGGCAGUGGAUCGGAAGUAUUAUACAUCCUGGUUCAAGACACGUCCAAAUUUGUGAUGCACAAGAUGGUCCCAUCAGUGAUUGUGCACAAAACUUGUACGAUGAUGAUGAUGAUGAUGAUGAUGAGUCUGAUUGCAGCUAUACGCCUGAUGAGUCAGACCUGGAGAGUUUUUCAGAUGAGAGCAGUGAGGAAGAAGAUCACAAUGAUUCUGAGAUUGAAGAAGCCAAACCUGUCAAAAGAACUCAAGUGACUGGAGGGAAACCUAGAGGAACACCUAAAGCGACAGACUCUGCAUCUUCCAGAAGAACAAGGAGUAAUGAAAGGGUUCAUGAUUCAAGUCCAUCAGUUCGUUACAAUCUUCGAUCAAGAGGAAACACUCCCUCACACACCCGCAAUGGCCGCUUCCUUAGUAACAUGCCCUCACCAUCAAAAUUAAAGGAGCUGAUUAACAAAGUACAGCAGGGCUCAAGCAGGCGUUACACAGCUGUUGUUUGUAAACAAAAUAACAAGAACACUGAUAAAGCACCAUUGUUUUCAUCUGAUGAAGAAUCCUAAACGCAUCAUUGCUUCUGAAUUUGAGCAUUUUACCUUCUGUGAAUACAUAUAGGGGGUUCAAUGAAUCUUUAAUUAUCAAUAUCAUUUUGAUCAUUAUUAUGAAUGUUAUUAACACUAUUAUUAAUAAUUUUUUAAUAUAAUUCUAAUCUAAGACCAGACCCAGAAUGGCAUUGAAUUUGUUUUAUUGUAUUUUCUGGAAGUCAGAACUUUGGUCAGCAAUGUGAAACUUGCUCAGCUGAUGUUGUACAUCUAUUGACUAGGCAUGAAGUAUUAUAAAUAUUUUUAUUAUUUUUCUUGUAUUCAUUUUUGUCAAAAAACAAUACUUAUUGAGAUAUGGCAUAUUUCGAGCAUGAAUCUUCUACAGCAUUUUAAGAGAUGGGUUUUGAAUUUUGUAAACAAUCAUAAAUUGUAUUGAUUAGUCUCUAAGACUGUUGUUCGGCAUGAAUAAGGAAUUUAUUAUUCAAGAGUUAUCAUAUUUGUUGAUUCUUUAUGCUAAGAUUGUGGUUUCACUACUAUCUUUAUUUAUUACAGUGUUCUUGUCUUAUUUUACUUAUGCAAUAUUUAACUAAAUAAAUGAAGUUACAAAACUGAUGUCAUAGUAAUUCCCAGCAGUAAAGUGCAGUUUUUUUCUUGA